CCAGAUGGCGACUGAUCUGGAGAAUUUAUUAGGAGAGAUAGCUGGUUUGAGACAAGCCUUGUAUGGGCAGCAACACCACUUGAAAAACAGAGGACCCACAAGGGAUGCAUCGUUACCUCUCAUUAACUCAGUAGAUCCUGCAUUCAGUAAUACAGGUUACCAUGGAAACUCAAAUGUUAUGCCUCAAAGUAAUUUACAGCUACCACCAACAACAAACAUGAAUUACAUGCCCCAGCCUCUGCCUUACACUCAUCAACAGUCUAUACUGCCACCAACACAGAUUCAGGGUACCCCAGGACCCAUAUUUCAACCGUCCGUUUCAUUUGCACCUUUGGACCAAAGUCAGGUGCCAACCAUGCAACCACAUAUGCAAGGCAGUGCUCCAGUACAGCCUACCAUAGUACCAGCCACACUGUCUGGUGUAUCAUCUCAAAGUAAUACUAUACACAUGGAAGGUGUUGCUGGUGAACAAACAAUAUUUCAACCACAAGUGCAGCAUGGUCAUGCUUCUCAAGGGGAACAUCCAGGGAGAAUGCUAGGCAGUACCUUGUAUAAGGGCAGAAGGGGCAAGUUGAGACACGUUGAAGGACAAGUGGAAGGAUUAUUUUGCAAUGUUCCAGAGCACCAUGAUUUAGAGGAUGAGAUCGACAAACUUCACAAGCAACUCGACAACCUGAAGAGAUUUACUUUAAAGGUAUGAUGCCCA